AUGUCCCACCGACGCGAACCAUCUGCAUCUGUUAAGGAAACUUUAGAUGCCUCUAUCACAGAAACAAAUGAUGGGGAACGUUGUUUAAACAAUUACAUUUUAAAAGACGAAAUUGGUCAUGGAGCUUAUGGGACCGUGAUCCUAGCAAUUGAUAAAGAAACUGGCACUAAAUAUGCAAUCAAAGAAUUUAGUAAAUCACGACUUCGUAAAAAAGAUAAAGCAAACUAUUUUCGCCGUCCACCACGCGGAGGUUUGAGGGGAGCGCGGGGACGUGGAGGCGGAAUUCUCUCAAAUCAAAGUUUAAAUGAUCCAUUGUAUUUAAUUCGGAGUGAAGUCGCGGUUUUGAAAAAAUUACAUCAUAAAAAUGUUGUCACAUUAUUCGAAGUUUUGGACGACCCUGAGAACGAUUCCCUUUAUAUGGUUUUUGAAAUGUGCGAAAAGGGAGUUCUCAUGGAUGUCAGUAUCAACAAAAUUACCAACCCGUUUUCCGAUGAAAAUUGUCGACGGUAUUUCAGAGAAAUGGUACUCGGCUUUGAAUAUUAUAUUAAACCAGAUAAUCUUUUAUUGUCGAAUGAUGAUGUUCUGAAAAUUGUGGAUUUCGGUGUUUCUGAAAUAUUCACAAGAGGAAAUGAUCUGAUGAAAAAAUCUGCAGGAAGUCCCGCUUUUAUGCCUCCGGAAUUAUGUGCAGCUGAUCACGGUCAUAUUUCUGGCAAAGCUGCUGACAUCUGGUCGAUGGGUGUAACUUUGUAUUGUCUUGCUUUUGAUGUGGAUCCCAAACUGAUUGAUCUUCUUUAUAAGAUUCUGGAAAAAAAACCAGAAAACAGAAUUACAAUGCCUGAAAUUAGAGUAAAUCCAUGGUUGACUAAUGAUGGAAAGGAACCACUAAUAUCUACUGAAGAGAAUUGUAGUGAAAUGGUUACAGAAAUUACUGAUGAUGAUUUAAGUUCGGCCAUUAAACCCAUCAGUAUUAAAGGGGUAUUUGCUGUGGUAGGAAGAAAAAUUGGUGCUGUAAAUAAAUUCAAAAGAUUAUCAAGAUCUAGUCAUUCAGCGAGUGAAAGUGAUCUGGCAAAAUUGAAAGCCAUUGGAGAUUCAGAAAUUUCAGAAAUUUUAGAAAAUUCCGUAUAA